AUGCGGAUGGUUAGAAAGGUGAGGAGUACAAUGUCUGAGCUCAGUGUAUAAAUACAAACUAUCCUUUAACAGCACUGAAACGACUUUCUACCGUCCAACGGGUUUAUGGAAGUGGCUGGGACUAUUUUAAAUCGUUCAGUGGACCUCUAAUAUUAUGUUUACAUACAGUUCUAUUUUAAGUACCCACAUUGUUGUGACUUUUUUUUCUCUUUCUGUCUUUUUUUUCUUUUUAUUUUGACGGAUACUGCAUAACGUUAUAUGCCGCCGUUGUGAUGAGGCUUGUAAAGUGUGAAAGAAGCACUUUUGUUUUGUGAAAUGGAAUUUUUCUUCGUGUCGUGGGACUGUACGUCUGCUUCAUUUGGAACGACAGACUUUUGCUUUAAUACUGUAAAUUGACUGUAUUGCUUAUAUUUUUCAAACUCAUGGAGUCUGUUGGGAAGUUUGAGUUCAACAGGAAAGACUUGAUUGGUCACGGUGCCUUUGCAGUUGUGUUCAAAGGCAGACACAAAGAGAAACGUGAUUGGGAAGUUGCUGUUAAGUGUAUUAACAAGAAGAAUAUUGCCAAAUCACAGUCUUUGCUGGGAAAAGAAAUCAAAAUAUUAAAGGAACUCAGACAUGAAAAUAUUGUUAGACUGCUUGACUAUCAGGAGAUAGGAGGGUGUGUGUAUCUUGUCAUGGAGUACUGCAAUGGCAGUGAUCUGGCAGAGUAUCUCCACUCAAAAGGCACGCUCAGUGAAGACACCAUUCGUGUGUUCCUGCAGCAGAUUGCUCAGGCCAUGAAAGUCCUGCAGAGCAAAGGAAUCCUCCAUAGGGACCUCAAACCCCAAAAUAUUUUACUCUGCCAACCAGAGGGGCGUAGAUCCAGUUCUAUCAAUACCAUCAUUAAGAUAGCUGACUUUGGGUUUGCACGGCAUCUCCAGACAAACACCAUGGCAGCCACACUGUGUGGCUCUCCCAUGUACAUGGCUCCUGAGGUUAUCAUGUCCCAGAACUAUGAUGCCAAGGCCGAUCUGUGGAGCAUAGGUACUAUUGUGUACCAAUGUCUCACAGGAAAAGCACCUUUUUAUGCCAGCACACCACAGGAGCUCCGUCUCUUCUAUGAAAGCAAUACCACCCUGUUACCCAGCAUCCCAAAGGAGACUUCCGCUAACUUAAGACAUCUGCUGCUGGGGCUGCUCCAGAGAAACCACAAAGAACGAAUCAGCUUUGAUGAGUUUUUCCACCAUCCUUUCUUGGAGACAAGCUUGUCCACAAAGAAAUGCUCACCUGCCCCAAUGCUUUCCUACCCCAGCUCUGGCUCAGGCAGCUUGUCCAGCAGCUCCUCCACAUCCCAGCUGGCCUCGCCUCAAGUACACUAUCUUCAUUCCGAUGGAGAAAUGCACCAGCUUCAGCCCAAAGUGAUGCACUCGCCUACACAAGAGGCUGCUGACUUCCAGCGGAAAGAAAAAUCCAAUCAAAAUGGGAGGAACACACCAUUGUACACAGAAGAUUAUGUCAUGGUGCCUGCCCAGUUUCCUAGUGAAUACACAUAUGGGGUGGAAGCUGGGUCACCUAAUGACAGUUGUCUGAUAUACAGUGGGAACUCGGGACUGGUUGAAAGAGGUUCUGGAGUUGCAGGAAGAACCGCACCACCCUCAUCCCUUCUGCACUUUCCUUCCAAGCCUGUUUGCAAUCCUGUUGAAUUACAUGGUGGUAACUGCAGCCCAUCAGUGCCCAUUCCUGUCCCAACUCAGAUCCAAAACUACCAGCGUAUGGAACAGAACCUGCAACCCGUCGGAUUGCAUGGCUCCACUAGGGUCAUGCUAUGCUGUGCUCGUAGCAGAAGUGCAACCCCACCGAAAUGUGGAUGUCGUAGAGCUUCUUGUUCAAACAUCCCCUCUGACACCCCAAAGCUGGUCGGAGUUGGUCAACCGCAGCAUUGCUCUCCAUUAGUUGGACUGACCCCAAAGACAUCAGAGCAGACUCUCCCACUCAGUACAAAAACUGGACUGCUCACUGAAUCUCCUGGAGAAGAGGUCAUCACCGGCUCAAAGCAGCAGAUUCAACACAGGAAACCAAACCGGACCAGGACAGUCCCAAACCUCCAAUCCCUUGACCCAUCCCCUGCUUCCCAGACAAAUCUCAGCCAGAAGCCAGCCAAUAAAAAGGGACCGUUUAAAAGAUCACUCAGCACUGGCAGGCUGUCCGACAUGCUACUGAAGGCAGCCUUUGGGGCUAACCUUUUUGAAGAGGGAAGUGAUGAGAGCUUCCACUGUGAAAAAAGCAUGGAUAUAGCAGCUCCACCUACUGGAUGUCAGAAAGUUUUUUACCUCCCAGACAGCCCACCUCCUGCAGUCUUCACUAUGGGUUCCCCAUCACAUGGAAACACUCCUCCUGAUGCAGUGGUAUCGAGGAUGCUCUUAGGCUCUCCCAGCUACUUCAGCUCAGGCUGGCAACUCAACAGCCGUCCCCUCCAGCGAGGAAGCCGAAGAAACAGUGAGACUGAAGCCAUGGAUGCUAGUCCACUGAUUUUUCACCCUCCAGAACUACCUGAAGACACACUGAUGGAGCAAGCUCAUACAGAUGCUCUGAGUGGCUUGCGUUUCACUUUGGCUUUUGUCCACUGUGUUAUGGAGCUGGCUUCCUCAAAGGACCCAGGACUUGAUGCCAUCAGCAGUCCUGAUAUUUCUUUUCUAGAGCAGAGCUUCGUGGCAGAUCAGAUUAGCCUUCUGAGUAGAGAGUGGAGCUAUGCAGAGCAGUUAAUGCUGUACAUGAAAGCUGAGGAGUUUCUGUCAUCAGCUCUGCACACAGCCAAAGAAAACAUUAAACAAGGCCAGCUCCUGCCUUCUUCUACAGUCAAACAAGUGAUCAAGAAGCUAAACGACAUGUACAAGAACUGUGUGACCUACUGUCGCACCCUGAACAAUCGGCUGCAGACCUUCUUGCUUGACAAACAGAAGCUUAUGGACCGUUUUAAUGGUCUCACAGCAGAGAAGCUCAUCUACAGUCACACUGUGCAAAUGGUCCAGUCUGCUGCUUUAGAUGAGAUGUUUCACUAUGGUACAGCAUCCAUCCAACGCUAUAGUAAAGCCCUUCUGCUGAUGGAAGGUCUUUCCCGAACCUUCACAGACCAAAAGGACAUCGACAGCAUAAAUAAAUGUAAGCAGUGUAUUGAGAGACGCCUCUCAGCUUUGCAGACAUAACAGUAUCCAUGAGCUCUACAAGUAUGUUCAUGGUAACUGCUUUAUCUUGCAUCAUCCAUCACCCUUAAAUGUAGAUGGAUCCACCAACAGACAAGCACUUUGAUCUCACCUUGGAGAAAUGACCACUGGAGCAUCUACUUGUAUACUACUACCCAAAUAUGUAAAAAUGCACAGAAAAGGCUAAAAGCUCUGUUCUGUGCAUAUUCUUGAAAAGAGAAUGUUUUAAGAUUUUUUUUAAAACUUUGAUCAGGUAAAUUGCUUCAGUAUUUGUCUUGUGACAGAUUGUAUGUGUUAGCAUGUUUCUGUUUUGCACUUAGAACAAAUAGAAUGAUUGAUAAGUGUUAUCAAAUGUGUUAUACUUGAAACAAAGAUUAGGUUGCUUUCUCUGAAGCCUUUGAGUUACAUGUUGAUUAAUGUUCACCAGUCAACAGCAAAAUAUUUUGGAUGAGAUGACCAAAUAUUGCCAUGGAGUAGCAUUAUUACCGAAACUGUGCCUAUUUUUGUACAUUUUUCAUCAUAGUAAAAAUGUUAAUGUAAAUGUAAUGAAAGUAUGAUUUGACAUCAUACUAGGAAAUUGCUUUACGACUGCUAGUCUUAAAGACAUGCAUGUGUUAUGGGGAGGUUUUGUUUGACAGCUACAAAUCCAGUAAUCCCGUUAGUGGUCAAUCUUGAGGUACUGCAUGCCACAUUUCUUAUCUUUAUGUACUUUUUGUGUGCACAUUCAUUUACAUUUGUUUGGUUUAGUGCAAAUUUUAAUUGGUCAAUUAACUUGCACAUGCUUUCUGCCUGUAGGAAACUAAAGUUUUUUAAUUAAAUAUUCAAUAUUUUAUGAAAAUAGUUUCAUAGAGGCUUGUAAUGAUUUAUCCAAUUCCCUUUUUGUAUUUUCAAGUCUGUCAAUUUAGCCAGAAUGGGUUGUUACCAAAUGUGUGAUCAAAAUAAAUGUUAUUUAU